AGGGACCCUUCCAAGGGUUGGGAUGGUCGCUGCCAACUUCACCAAAUCUCAGGACAGAUAACCAGCACGGAUCUUUUCACCCUCGUCAGGAUGCGUUGGCGUUGCUUGCUGCCAGCUGUGCCCACUGGAUGGAGGCCACCUCUCCUGCAUCGUUUCUUCAAGAUCGCCCCCCCUUGCUGAGCUUGGGAGACCUUACAGCUUCUUGGAUUGGCACUUAUCAGACUGGGACUGUCUUGUCUCCUGUAGCUCCAGUGCUAAAGGGGCAUUCUUCAUUCCUUUUCUUAAUCCUGGAAACUUGGGACUGGAGAUGUGCUCUGCCAGUCACGGUCCAACACGUGGCUUGGCUUGUUACUGCAAACUGCGUCACUUAGACCUCUGCAGACCACCAACGGAUAUUACCACCUUGGAUUGAUAGGAUCUCUCAGCUGGGAUGGUACUGUUUCUAUUGCUCAGCGCUCCAAGAUGGUAGCAAAGGGCACGUUCUGCUGCCCACCCACCAUGGCAUGCAACUUUGAUGCAGAAAAGAGAACCAUGAUGUACAUUUAGGGAUAUCAUCCAAGCAGGACUUGGCAGUUCACUUCAAGGGAGCACUUCUAAGGAGAUACUUAUGGAGCUGCAGAGACAUUCCAAGUCUACAGAGGAUCCUCUUAGACCAGAUGAAACCAUGGAACGCUCCUCUCUCCAAGACCCCACAAGUAGCUUGGGGCACAUUAAGCUGGAGGAUGAGGGAGGGGAAGUCCAAAUUCCACCUCCUAAACUGUCUCGGCCACCAGUGCCUUCUCCUGCAGGUGCCCUUCUUCAGGGCUUGAAUGGGUUGCCUGCCACAGGCAAACGAACCCACAUUCCCAUAGGGGCAACCGGCAUGGAACAAGGAGAGACUUCUCGACUGGGGCGCUACUUGUUGAUUGACAGCCAGGGGCUGCCGUACACGGUACUAGUGGAAGAGGGGGUGGGGUCCGCUGAGGCGACUGCAGGCACAGAGGGUGGAGGGAGCGGGGGCCCUUUGCGCAAGGUGUACUGCUGCCCAGUGUGCUCGCGAACAUUUGAGUACCUGUCUUACCUCCAGCGCCACAGUAUCACCCACUCGGAAAGCAAGCCACAUGUGUGCCGAGCUUGUGGCAAGGCCUUCAAGCGCACGUCCCACUUGGAGCGCCACAAAUACACCCACUCUGGCCGUAAGCCCCACCAAUGUCCCAUCUGCCAGCGCAGCUUCCGUGACUCUGGGGAGCUCUCGCACCACCAGCGGGUGCACACGGGUGAGCGGCCCUACCAGUGUGAAGCAUGCCAUAUGCGCUUUGGGGAGCGCAACACUCUUCAGAGGCAUAUCCGCCGGAAGCACCGUCUACAGCUCCUCCCCACACCAUAGAGACUGACCUUCUGGGAUGUACCUUAUGUCAGAGGCAUGGAGACCCCACUGCCUGCCAGCCCUGAGGAAUCUACUUCCUGGGACUUGCUAGCACCUGGGCAUGCAAUGGCAAUCUUGGCCUUGAACGUAUUUGCCCUUGUCUUAUGGAACUGGUACUUCCCCAUCUGCCAGUGAAUGACUUGCAGUUCCCUGGAGGAAUCUGAAUGAAGAACCUCAUCCACCAAUGCCUGAAGCUCUCUGGCAUGGAAGAGCCAGCUUUCUGAGACUUAACAUGGACGUUGCCCAUCUUCUCAUGCUGCAAGGACUUGGCCUACCAGUUCUCUAGCGACUCUAGUUUGUCACACCUUCCUGAGCUCCUAAUAAAUUGGCAGGGAGA